GAGGUGUGGGCCCUCAGAGUUCCGCGGCGCCAUGGGCUGGAUCUGAGAAGGUGUGCACCGACCCCCUGAGAGGGGCCACACUUGUCUAGGACGAUGGCUGGUGUUAGGGAGUCCUUGGAAGCCACCCUAAAGGGCGAAAAGAGGCCCUAGCAAAUCCUGGUACCCCGGAGCUGCUGCUAGCGAUGUGAUUUGCCCCAGUGGUCGAGACCGUGUAGACCCCAAGCAGGGGCCAUUCGGUGGGGGCCUCACUCUGGGUCCAGCUCCACGUGGCACCAUGAACAAUAACUUCUGCCGGGCUCUGGUGGACCGGAGGCCCCUGGGGCCCCCCAGCUGCAUGCAGCUGGGCGUCGUGCCCCCUCCCCGGCAGGCGCCCCUGCCUCCCGCCGAGCCCCUAGGCAACGUGCCCUUCCUGCUGUACCCGGGCCCAGCCGAGCAGCCCUACUACGACGCCUACGCGGGGGUGUUCCCCUAUGUGCCCUUCCCCGGUGCCUUCGGGGUCUACGAAUACCCCUUCGAGCCAGCCUUCAUCCAGAAGCGCAACGAGCGCGAGCGGCAGCGCGUUAAGUGCGUCAACGAGGGCUACGCGCGCCUCCGCGGCCACCUCCCCGGCGCCCUGGCAGAGAAACGACUUAGCAAGGUGGAGACGCUGCGCGCCGCCAUCCGCUACAUCAAGUACCUGCAGGAGCUGCUGAGCUCGGCCCCAGACGGCGCGACGCCCCCCGCCGCCCGCGGCCUCCCGGGCACCAGGCCCUGCCCGGCGCCGCCCGCCGCCCCCCGGCCCGACCGCCCUGGCGACGGCGAGGCCCGGGCGCCCUCCUCCCUGGUACCGGAGUCAUCCGAGUCCUCCUGCUUCUCCCCCUCGCCUUUCUUGGAAUCGGAGGAAUCCUGCCAUUGAUCGGGCUUGUGGCAGCCCCUGGCUUGGGGAAUGAUCCGUCGGCCCCGUCCCACUUUCGGGAGCAGCGGGAGGCUGCUGGGUCACCCGCGAUGCGCCGCAGGCUGGUGACUGCAGGAGGUCCGCGGUGCUCCCGUGUCUGCGACAUCCUUCCUCCUCCGUCAACUUGGGGAGGAAGUGCAGGGCAACGGGUGCGAGGCGCGCGAUAGAGACCUGAGGAGCUCCGUGGGUGCAGCGAGGGGCAGGGCCUGGGACUGCUCCGGGCGUCCUGCGUCCCCUCCGGGGUGCAGAGGGGCACUCCAGGACGAUUAUCCCUGGGUCUGGCUCCCGCUCGGCCCGCUCCUGCUUCUUCCUUCCUCGCCGCAGGCGCAGCCCAGUCUCUGCGAGUUCCCGGGAGGCAAGCCCGGCUUUGAUCCCUCGGUUACCAUGCCCCUGCUCUCCACCAGAUGGCUUCAAAUACUAGCGACUUCUUUGGGAGCACGCUUGCCCUUUGAGAAAGGAACCCAGAGGAAGGGAUGGGAGGCCAGGCCGCUGCCGGCGCUCAGCCCGGACCGAACCCACAGACUCAGCAGAGGCGACCUGUGUGCCCUGGUGGCGUUCUCUAGCUUCCUUGGUGGGGGGCGAUCACUCCCUUCACACCCCCCAACGAGGUCAUCUAGUUUUGUCCCAGGUUGGGUGGGGACUGUGGUUUUUUCCCUCAGACUGUAAGCCUUGGGGGAGGGGGGUGUGCAUAUGGGUACAUAGGCACUGUGUUGGCACCAAAGAGCUAAAUAAAAGGAUUUUUGAAUUUUU